CGUUGCCGCGGGCAGCCUUCCACGAUCGUUUGCUCGAGCGCCCACCGCCCCCCGCAACCCGCAGCCCGCAGCCCAUGGCGCUCCGGAACCGCACGAUCCGCGGCGCCCGCCUCGAGUACCGCGACCGCUUCCGCGCGUCCAUCGGCGAGUUCCACGCCUGCCGCGCCAUCUGCCAGAUCCUGCAGCAGGAGGGCGACGUGGAAUCGUCGUGGUCCUGCAUCCCGCGCGACUGCGUGUCGCUCAUCUUGAGCUUCUUCACGACCAUGGACCUCGUGGGCCUCAUCGACGCCGUGGCCGCGCCGCUGUCGCUGCCGGCCGACGACUCCGACGCGUUUCGCGUCUUCGCGCGGAAACGGCCGCUCUGGGAGCGCGAGGACGAGGCCGGCGAGUACGACUCCGUGACGACCUGCGGCGGCACGGUCUACGUCCACGACGCGCGCCUCGACCGCGAGCACCGGACGCUCGUCGAGCACCGCGAGUUCGCCGUCGACGGCGCCUUCGACGAGGCCGCCGAGGACGGCGCCGUCUACGAGGGCACGGCCGGCCCCCUCGUCGACGACGCCCUGCAGCGCGGCGGCGCCCGGGCGACGGUCGUGUUCUUCGGCCAGACGGGCACGGGGAAGACGAGAAGCGCGGUGGCGUUCCAGGAACGCAUCGCGGCCGCCGUCUUCGACGACCGCGACGGUUUCGCCGUGUCGGUCUCCUGCGUCGAGAUCCGCGGCAAGAUCUGCACGGAUCUCCUGGGAGAGCGCGCGCGCGUCAAGGUGCUCGAGGGCGCCGCGCACGAGAUGCACCUCCACGGCGCCGUGGAAGCCCGGGCCGACUCGAAGGCGAGCCUCCUCGAGGUCCUCACCGCGGCCGCGGCGCUCCGGUCCGUGCGCGCGACGGCGAACAACGAGCAGAGCUCGCGGUCCCACUGCGUCUUCACGCUCACGGUCACGAAGGGCGACCGCGAACCGUCGGUGCUGCGCCUCGUGGACCUCGCGGGUUCCGAGCGGAACGACGAGCAGAAGCGGCACGCGCGGUCCGCCGUGCUCGAGACCGUGGAGAUCAACCGGACGCUGUCGACGCUCAAGGACUGCUUCCGCGCGUCGGCCCACGCGCGCAAGCUCCGCUGCCCCUACAGAGAUACCUUGCUCUCGAAACUCCUGGCGGACAUGUUCCUCUCGCCGAAGCACCGCGUCGCCGUCGUCUCCACGCUGAGCCCGUCCGCGACGGACGUCGAGCACUCGCGGCGGACGCUGGAGACGGUCUGCGCGAUGCGGGGCGCCGCGGAGAUGGUGCAGCGCGUCAUCACGGUCGCCGCGCGCCAGACCUUGAGCGAGAAAGAGCAGUACGAGCCCGUGGUCAAGUGGUCCGCGGCGCGCGUCCGCCAGUGGCUCGCGGGCCGCGACGACUUCGCGUCGACGGUGCGCUUGAAGGCCGGCGCGACGGGCAAGGACCUGCUCCGGCUCCCGAAGCCGCGGCUCCGGGCCUUCUGCGGGGGCGACGAGGCCCUGGCGGCGGCGCUCUUCCAGGCCCUGCGCGACGAGUCCAAGGCCCAGGACGCGCGCGCGCGCGCGGCCCGAAACCGGAAGACGGCGCUCAUGCGCGGCGAGGCCCUCGACGACGGCGCGGCCGCGCCCGAGGACGCCGGCGCGGCGCCCAAUGAGGCGCUCCCGAAGCCGCCGAGCCCGGCCAAGGCCGCCCGCCCGCCGGCGCCGCCGACGAACCGGUGCACGUUCGUGUCCACGGGCGCGGGCAUCAUGAUCCACGACGGCGACGCGCGCCAGUAGAUCCCCCGAGUCGUAAGGACCUAGGCUC